UACAAUACUCAACUGCACAGCGGUAUGCUUAUCAUUUUCUAUGGAAGCACUAGGUCGCAAGAAUUCCUUAUAUAAUACCGUCCCUCUUUAGCCAUCACAUAUCAUUUCCACUACGUCUCCAAUCCUCUCCUUCUCUCUUUUUAAUUUACUUUCACUUUUGAAAUCAAAAAUUUCUUCUUGGUUCGAUAUCUUGACGUAGUUUUUAGGAUAUGACUUCAUCAGCGUCAGAUAUCCCAAGAUGGACUCCCAGUGCAAGCCCAAGUAGAUCACCGCCAACACCACUUUCUCUAAGUAAGGAAAAAGGUAGCUUUGCUGAUCAUGAUCAAGUAGAAGAUGAAAGUCUGCAAAGUACUUUUCCAUUUAUGAGUACCAAUCAUCCGCUGCAGCAGCAGCAAGAGCGGUAUCAUUAUGGGGAUCAACCUGCUAAUAGUAAUAACAUAAAGGUUGUUAACGUUCCUUUAAGAGUUAACGGCCAUCAAUCAGAAGAAUUAAUGAAGAGUCGUUCAUUUGUAAUGGAGAUGGAACCAAUAUCCGAAGGUAGCGUUGUGUUGACAUGGGAAGAUUUAUGCGUUCGUGUACCUCCGGGGUCGACUGGUAAGGGUAAUGAUAAAACUAUCAUUGAAGGGCUAAAUGGGUAUGCUCAACCUGGUGAGGUCUUAGCUAUAAUGGGUCCUUCUGGUUCUGGAAAGUCGACUCUUCUUGAUACAUUAGCAGGGAGAUUAUCUUCAAACACAAGGCAAUCAGGUGUGAUACAUGUAAAUGGUCUAAAACAAAGGCUUUCUUUUGGGACGUCGGCUUAUGUAACUCAAGAUGAUACAUUGACAACGACAUUAACGGUUAUGGAAGCCGUUUACUACUCUGCUUUGCUUCGAUUACCUGACUCUAUGUCAACAUCGGAAAAGAAGGAGAGAGCAGAGACAACUAUAACAGAGAUGGGAUUGCAUGAAGCUAGGAGCACAAGAAUAGGAGGGUGGAACAUUAAAGGUCUAAGCGGUGGACAAAAGCGAAGAGUAAGCAUUUGCAUAGAGAUUUUAACACGUCCAAAACUUCUCUUUCUGGAUGAACCUACAAGCGGUCUAGAUAGUGCCGCAUCUUACCAUGUAAUGAAUAGAAUCGUAAAACUUUCACGACAAUAUGGAAUGACUGUUAUUGCUUCUAUUCAUCAACCAAGUAGUGAAGUCUUCGAUCUCUUUCACAAUCUUUGUCUACUCUCUUCUGGUAGAACUAUUUACUUUGGCCCAGCUUCUGCAGCGAAUGAGUUUUUUGAAUUGAAUGGAUUCCCUUGCCCAAUUAUGAGGAACCCGUCGGAUCACUACCUGAGAACAAUCAACAAAGACUUUGAUCAAGACAUCGAACAUGGUUCUGGUGGCAAAGUAACAUCAACUGAGGAAGCAAUCAAUUCACUUGUGGAGUCAUAUAGGUCAUCACCAAUCUUCCAACAAGUCAAACAACGAGUAUCGGAUCUAUAUAUAAAGAAAGGGCGUAUGUUAGAAAAAGGAAGCCAAGCGAGCUUCUUAACACAAUCAGUUGUUCUUACCAGAAGGUCCUUCGUGAACAUGUACCGUGAUUUGGGUUACUACUGGUUACGGUUAGGAGUCUACAUUGCGCUAUGUCUCUGUGUUGGUACGAUAUUUUUCAAAGUUGGUAACAGUUUUGGUUCAAUUCAGGCUAGAGGUGCGAUGCUUAUGUUUGUAGCUGCAUUCUUAACUUUCAUGGCAAUUGGGGGAUUCCCUUCUUUCGUGGAGGACAUGAAGAUAUUUGGCCGAGAAAGAUUAAAUGGUCAUUACGGGGUUGCAGCAUUUGUUGUGGGAAAUACACUAUCUUCAAUUCCAUACUUGCUUAUGAUCUCAUUGAUACCAGGAGCCUUAGCUUAUUACCUAGUUGAUCUUCACAAGGGAGCUGAACAUUUUCUUUUCUUUGUUUUAUUACUUUUCGUGUGUAUGAUGUUAGUUGAGAGCUUAAUGAUGAUCGUUGCAAGUAUAGUACCCGAUUUUCUUAUGGGUAUAAUCACUGGAGCUGGAAUUCAAGGUGUGAUGAUGUUAAAUGGUGGGUUCUUCAGACUACCAAAUGAUCUUCCAAAACCAUUUUGGAAGUACCCAAUGUACUACAUUGCCUUUCAUAGGUACGCAAAUGAAGGGUUCUACAAGAAUGAGUUCCAAGGACUUCAUUUCCCUAAUAGUCAAGGGUCAUCGACAAUGAUCAGCGGCGAGGAAAUUUUGAAAAAUACCUGGCAAAUGCCAAUGGGCUACUCAAAAUGGGUUGAUCUUGCUGUUCUAUUUGGAAUGGUGGUUCUGUACAGACUAAUGUUUUUUAGCAUUAUUAAGAUGUCUGAAAAGAUGAAAUCCAGUAUAAGACAACACAAUAUUCCAAAUUCAAGCACUAGUGAUGCAGAUAACAUGCAAUAGCCGCCUGACGGGAGGUUAAAGACACCACUGUCCGUCUUCAAACAGCUUGUGAGGGGUCUAUUUGGAUGAAAAUUGGGCUCACGAUCAGGACAUGUUACUUAGCCAAACCCCCUUCGUUUGUUGUUUUUCUUUUCGUUUUCUCUUUAAUAAAAUUGCUCCCUCUAUGAUAUUUAGCUUGAGCCAAAAAGGAUAAAACAAACAAAAAUAAUCCAAGCACUAGUUAGCUAGUUUUUAUAUAAUGUGCUAGGCAUGAUUCAUUUCCACUUCUCGGUACUUGAUUUAUAUAUAUAUUUCUUGUUGGAAUUACUUGUUUAGUUUUGCAACGGUAUGAUGUAAAGAUAAAUAAACAUAAUCGUAACUUCGGAA